UGAUGACGUCGCCAUAGUCUAGGACCGGAAGAAACGGAGGUGAGGAGAGGAAACAUGGAAACAAAUGCGGCUGAAAUGAGACAUUCCUUCUCCACUAGCGAGUCAUCAGGCAAAUUACAUUUCCCUGGAUUGGUUCAGAAGAGCUCUCUGGGCCUGAGAUGGGCCAGUACGACACCCAGGCUCUCUCAGAGGCCCUGAUGGGAUUCCUGCAGGACCUGCCAUCCCCCGUCAUCCCAAAGUCCAUCUAUCCCAGCCUGAAGACUACCCUGCAAGAGGAAGAAGAGUUGUCCGUCGGGGAGACAGGCAGGCGUUUGCUGAAGGCUCUGGAGCCUCCGGCUGUGCCCCUGCCGAGCCUGCAUUACCUGCUCAGACACCUGGACCGAGUGGGCCAGGGCUUGGCCCACAACGGCCAGAGCUCGGCCCACAACGGCCUGGACCCCCACACCCUCGCAUUCCUCUUCAGCCCUCUUCUGCUCACCACUGGGUCAGAAGAAGGUCAUCAGGUUCAGGUGCUGGAGAGGCUGCUGGUGGCGAGGGCCUGGGAGCUGGACCAGAUGUCAUCAGCCCUACCUUCCAAGCCUUCCAAAACCAAAGCCAUGGCAUCUUCUGUCGUCAAUGGGGAUGGCAGCAAGAUGGCUGAUGCAGAGUGGUACUGGGGAGACAUUUCCAGAGAUGAGGUGAAUGACAAGAUGAGAGACACACCAGAUGGCACUUUCUUGGUCCGAGAUGCCUCAAGCAAGGUGCAAGGAGAAUAUACAUUGACUCUCAGGAAAGGAGGAAACAACCAGCUGAUCAAGAUCUUCCACCAAGGAGGCAAGUACGGCUUCUCUGAGCCGCUGACCUUUGCUUCUGUGGUGGAACUCAUCCUGUAUUAUCACCACGAGUCGCUGGCCCAGUACAACCCCAAGCUGGACUCACGGCUACUGUACCCAAUCUCCAAAUAUCAGCAGGAUCAGGUGGUGAAAGGGGACAGCGUGGAAGCAGUAGGAGAGCAACUGAAGGUGUACCACGAACACUGCCAGGAGACGAGCCGGGAAUAUGACUUCUUGUAUGAAGAGUAUACUCGCACCUCUCAGGAGUUACAGAUGAACCGCACGGCCAUCGAGGCCUUCAACGAGACCAUCAAGGUCUCAGAGGAGCAGUGCGAGACCCAAGAAGGCUAUAGCAAGGAGAACAUUGACCAGUUCCUCAGGGAGGGAAACAGCAAAGAUACUGAGAGAAUCCAAAGUAAUUGGGAUAAGCUGAAGUCGCGGGUGACUGAGAUCCAUGACAGGAAGAGGAAGCUAGGGCAGGACCUGAAGGAGCAUGCGAUGGACAACCGAGAGAUCGAUAAGAAGAUGAGUAGCCUGAAAACGGACCUCGUGCAGCUGAAAAAGAUUAGAGACCAGUACCUGGUGUGGCUCAAUCAGAAGGGCACCAGACAGAAGAAGAUUAACGAGUGGCUGGGGAUCAAAAAUGACAUGGAAGACCGUUCCUCCCCUCUACCUCCCAGCCUGUAUUCUCUGGUGGAUGAGGAGGAAGACCUGCCGCACCUCGACGAGCGCACUUGGUACGUGGGCGACAUCACGCGCAGCCAAGCCGAGGAGUUGCUGAGGGGAAAGGGUGACGGCACUUUCCUGAUCCGAGACAGCCAGUCCCAGAAGGGCUCCUACGCCUGCUCUGUAGUUGUGGACGGGGACAUCAAGCACUGUGUGAUAUUCAAGACCUCCACGGGCUACGGCUUCGCCGAGCCCUACGACCUGUACAGCUCCCUGAGAGAGCUGGUGCUUCACUAUAGACACACCUCCCUGGUCCAGCACAAUGACUUGCUGAAUGUAACUCUGGCAUGUCCUGUCCUAACCCAGCGGCAACCCAGAUGAGACGCAAGAUAACCCGGACAGGGCCUGGCACACACAGAGGAAACACACAGAACUCACAAAGACCACAAACCCUCACUUUUCCCAUACAAGAAAACAAAAAAGCAAACGGCUUUCUGCGCGUUGGGUUUGAGAGGAGGGGGAGGGCGGAGUGGAUUUUGACAUGGAAGAGCACAUUCACGUGUUCUAUUUUUGUUAAAUCUCUACAACACUACACCGUUUUUUGGAGAAACAUAUUUCAAUCUCUAAAAGUAAUUGCUGUAGAUUCUUUUGAAAUCGACUUUGAAAUGUAUUUCUUUAUUUUUCUGUUACUUUUUUCUACAGUUAAAGAGGGGCUUUUUUUGCGAGAGGGUUUGAUAUUCAAGACACGGAGAACAAAAAGACCUGCCAGCGCUUUUCUGUUUACAUUAAGCCUUGCUCACAUUGUCCACUGUGGUAAAAUGCUUAAAGGGAUUCUCCCGUACUUUUCACUACUUUUUAGCCAGUAGUUCUGAAAGAAGCGCUCACACUAUGUCUAUGUACUACGUCUAUGUGCACCACUUCAUUCCUUUCUGUCUUGCUCAUUUGCAACUUGCUAGCUGUUACUGACAUGGCGAGGGGCUGAAGCUCAUUGGUUGAACUCAAAUUACUAGGGGGCUUGCACAGGAGGGGGAGGAUUUUGGGGAAAAUGGCGCAGCACAGCUUCCAGAAAAACAGUUGCUUUCAAACUAGGGAUUUUGUGGCUAAUUGAGGGAGAACAGUAAUUAUUAACUGCCAAUGUUUUAUUUCUUUACUUCAAGUACAUAUUAAUACAAACACAAAAUCCACAGUGUUGGGUAGCACACAUACACAAAGAAAGCAUUCUAUCUGCUCUCUAUGUAACCUUUCAUGCUAUGUGCCCUUUCACAGUAGAACAACACUUGGUGGUGAAAGUGCCUUCUGUUCUAAUCCUCUGUCUUCCAUUAUUUCUCUGUAAAUCAGAGUCCGUGUGGAUGCCUGGCCCCAAUCAGAUGCCAAGUGUUUUGUACAGCACUGUGUGUGAAACUGGAAAUCUGAAACGGACCUCACUAUUGAUGGCCUUAGAGCAGAUGGGCAACUCCCUCAGAGUUGUACCUGGCACUACUGCCACUGCCUGCUCAGAGUGCACACUUCUGGUUUCCCAGGUCUCAAUCAGUUGCUGAUUUAAAGGAAAGACACUAUGAAGACGAAACUUGCCCACCCCUGCAUUAGUGUGUGUAUGAUGGUGGUGUUGGAAUUGUCCAUGUUGAAAAUGGAUUUAUGUUCACAUUUUUCGAGUCGAUCAUUGGUAAAUCUCGUCGGGGGAUGAGUUGCUUUCUGUUGACAUUAGGUUAUGUAUGCUGUAUGAACUGAGGUAUUUGUCAGUCUCUCGUUAAGGUAUAAGUAGCCUAUUUCAAUGAUUCAAAACGCAUUUUCCUUAAUUGGACCUUACCUGACACACUUUAUGAAUGCACUUAUUUCUCAGGGCACAAGCUUCCAAAUCUGUUUUGUGAUGCUAACAUACACAAGAUAUUCUUGUUAGAUUUCGAACAAACUACUUUGACAAACUGAUUAGUACUAUGCAGCGAGUUCGGAGACCACUUGAUGACGCCUCGUUAUCGACAUUGAUAACCCUCACAUUUGUCGUGUAUGAAUCAGACCUUUAAACAAGACUAGAGGAGGUAUUGAGGUAGAAAUCCAACGGCAGGGACACAGAAGGUCAUAAAUCAUUAGCUUUUGCACGCAAGAAUCUCACUUGAUUUAGAGAUCUUGUAUGGUAUUAUUAUCAUGUUCUUAACCUAACCAGAAGCAGGGGUGACGGGGUUAUUGGUGCUAGAAGUGGACGAUGUCUUGUAUAGUAUGAUGACAUUGCAUUGGUGCAUUUUAUUGCUCACUAUUAGGAGUGAUUCAAUUGCCCAGCAUGUUGGGAUUGGUGAUGUACGUUUUAUAACGGUCAACAUUGUUUGUUUUGUGUGUUAUGUUAAUCUGGUAAACCUGUUUCUUAUGUGUAUCUGGUAGUUAGGAGAAAAGGUCUCUUUGGAGAGAGAUGACAGAUGAAUAGUCUGUGUACUAUUUACUGAACAUAGCAUUUCAGCCAGAGUCCUGCUCAGUUAGGCUACCCUUCAGGUCAAAGGAUCUUUGAAAACUGUGAGAUUGCAUUUUUUUGGGGGGGGCAUGUGAGAGAGUACUGUAUGUAAAUAGAGAGAGCAAUCCCCCAAAAGUUUCCGGUUGAUUUUGAAAUUGCACUUGCAGUGUAAGACCAUGCUUGUUCUCCAACGUGUAGACAGUCUUUUCAACGUGAGCCAGGCUCAGAGGGAUUGUUAUAUAUCUCCCCUGGCCUUUUCUGUGUGCUUGGGCCCAUAUUGGAGAUUAUGACUAUCGUCCAUUGAUUGGAGAUUAUGACUAUCGUCCAUUGAUUGGAGAUUAUGACUAUCGUCCAUUGAUUGCCCCACAGACUGUUAUGACAGUGCAGCAUAAAACACCAAACGCUUCUUCAGCUUGUGAGAGAAAGUGUGUGAGUGGGUAAAUGUUUGAGGUUUGAGUCGGGAGGUUGCCUUGCCAAUAUUAUAACUAAUAUUAUAACUGUAAAUGCACCACAAAGACAUUAAUAUGUUUCAGGAGUUUUAUUACAAUUGGACUUGAACAUGCUCAUUUAAUAACCGGCUAUGAUAGGUCAGGAACACUCCUCAUCGUGGACAUCUCAUUCAUUGUAAGACAAGGAUGGCAUCAUUGAAGAGGCACUUUUAAGGGUCUGUUUGAAAUGGGUUUUUAUGAAAGGCCGUUAAACCCGUCUGUGUUUCAGUGUUUUUGUUAUUUGUUCAUCAUAACCUGAACAGAUUUCAUUGAAGAAGCUAAUAUGAAUUUUUUGGAUCUUCUUUACAUUUACAUUUAAUGUGUUUACAAUCUCUAAAUAAGCAAAUAGAUUAAAAAGACUGUUUUCUAACGAUCUAUUUGUCUGCUCAAAAGCAUAUCUAGAAUGAAAUUCUGUCGUAGUGUUUGUUGUAUCUUGACUUUCAAAUGUUUUUAAGACUGCUUGGUUUUUAACUUUUGCAUUUGUGAAACUGUAAUUUAUACAACCUUGACAUAAGUUGGAGUUAAGUACUUUAAAACAUGGAAAACCCCCCCAAAACAUUGCAAAAUGCACUUUAAAAUUGACUGUAAGCAACAUUAGUCCAACUCUGUAAAAUUGUUAUUGCAUUACUUUCUGGCUGCACAUAAACAAUGGUAUGUUUUCAUGUUGUAUUUGUUAGACUGGUAGUUUUGUAUAGGACUAAAUUAACCAUUUGUUAAAAAGAGUAUAGUUGUCAAAAUACCUUUUUGUUGACAUUUUUACCGACAGUUUUCUGAGAAAAGUAAUCCCUUGCUCAGAAGGCAAUUGAGUGUAAACGUUUGGAGAAUUGUGAUAUCUACUGUCAAAAUGUGGUCAGAUGGUCUAUGAUGUUCCUCACUGUUGUCUUGGCAAUUUUCUGUGAAGUUAGUUACUACUGAUGAUGGACUGCUUUAUUUAGGUACUGCUUUGAUGUUGUGACUGUAUGUAUGUUAUUAAUUAUCUAUUAGAUAAUUAAUCAAUCAAUUAAGAAGGCUUUUACUCUGGCCUAAGUUUUAUGUUUGUUCUUCUGUUUUGUUUUGCCAACCAAUUUGUCUCUACGUAAAGAGAAGUGGUUGAAGAGAUGAAAUGGCUGUUGUAAUUGCUGUGGGAUGUCCAAUGAGAGAGUUUGGCUUCUCAAGUGGUCACAAAAAUCCAUCUCGUUAGCACAUCCUGAGGAUGAUCGUAAUCAUUGGUGGGAGGAGCUCCAACCCACUGGCUUUUCAAAUUGGUCAGAGUGUUGUCUGAGAUAAGUGUCAAGGAAGGGCUUUGGCUUCAGUACCUGUAAGCAACAUGACGUUUGCACCUGUAUUUGUCUUUUUCUUCUGCUCUACUUUCAAGAAAUCCCAAGGAAAGUCGAAGCCCAAACCGGCUUGUGAAUGGGUCAUCAAGGAUGAUCAUCAAGUUUGAAUAACUGCACUGAGACAUUAUUAUAAUGACUGCUGGGCUCAGUUUAGGUUUGUUUUAUCAAAUCUAUUCAAGAUUUUUUUUCUCUUGAUUCUGGCUUGAAGUAUUUCAUCUGUCGCAGUUGAAUGAUUAAAAUGUCAUUUUCUACUAUA